GGGGGAGCCAGCUCAACAGUCAGCAAGAGCUGCGCCUGCGCAGAGGGGGGGCGGGCUCUGGUCGCUGUCUCUCUCGCUCGCUGCCGAAGUUGUCCCGGGGCCCAGAAGUUGGCGCUGGACGGAGGCUGAAGGCGGUGGGGCCGGGCUACUCGCUCAGGUCCCUGCCGGCCAUGGCGUUCCGCAGGCGGGCCAAAAGUCACCCGCUCUUCAGCCAGGAGUUUCUCAUCCACAACCACGCUGACAUCGGCUUCUGCCUGGUGCUCUGCGUGCUCAUCGCGCUGAUGUUCGAGGUUACAGCCAAGACUGCCUUUUUGUUUAUCUUACCUCAAUAUAAUGCUAGCGUAUCUACAGCAGAUGGUGAAAUUGUUGUUUAUCACUACGGGCUGAAGGAUUUGGUCACAAUCCUCUUCUACAUCUUCAUAGCAAUAAUUCUGCAUGCUGUGGUGCAGGAAUAUGCCUUGGAUAAAAUCAACCGGAGGCUCCAUCUUUCCAAGAUCAAGCACAGCAAGUUCAAUGAGUCUGGACAGCUGGUAGCAUUUCAUCUUGCUUCCAUGGUCUGGUGCUUAUAUGUAGUACUAACGGAAGGAUACUUAUCCAACCCCAAGAGUCUGUGGGAGAACUACCCUCACGUUCAUCUCCCGUUCCAGGUCAAAUUUUUCUACCUUUGUCAGCUGUCCUAUUGGCUUCAUGCACUGCCUGAAUUGUAUUUCCAAAAGGUCCGGAAGGAAGAGAUUCCUCGUCAGCUGCACUAUAUCAUUCUCUAUCUAGCGCAUAUAGCUGGAGCCUACCUCUUAAACCUCACACGCCUGGGACUAUUAUUGUUGUUGCUGCAGUACAUGGCUGAAUUCCUUUUCCACAUGGCUCGCCUUUUCUAUUUUACAGAUGAAAACAAUGAAAAGCUGUUUAAUGCAUGGGCAGUGGUAUUUGUCAUCUCCCGACUUUUCACCCUCACCCUUUCUGUGCUGGUCAUUGGCUUUGGGCUAGCUCGGGUGGAGAACCAGGCAUUUGACCCUGAAAAAGGAAACUUCAACACUUUACUUUUCAGGAUGUUUGUUCUACUUCUGGUGUGCUUCUCACAGGCCUGGAUGAUGUGGCGCUUCAUCCACUUCCAGUUGCGGCGCUGGCGGGAGUACUGGAAUGAGCAAAGUGCUAGAAAAAGAGCUGCAGCAGCAGUUGCCCAUGGCAAGCAGCCACUGAAGACCAUCAAAAGGGAGUCUGGCUACCAUGAAAAUGGAGUGAUAAAAACAGAAAAUGGUACCUCACCACGGACCAAGAAACUCAAGUCUCCGUAGAGCCAAAACACAAUCUGCAAAGGAUGUUUGAGAAGGAGAUGGAAAAUGCAAAACUAAGGACUCCGGGAAUAAGAAGCAGCUGCCUCCCUUCUGUCUUCACAAAGUCCUAUUUCAAAUGCCUUAAACACAUACAAUGAAAAGAUCUUUCUCCCUCCAGACAGUAACCAAAAAGCCCCUCUCCGUUCACAGCGGGGUUUGGACACCAAACCCUUUCCUCAUCCAGUGUAUUUUCUUAUUGUGCAUUUUUUAUCUAUCCUUUUAUGUGUUCUUGCUACUUUUUCUGCACCCAGAGAUGUUUUUAUAAGUGAAUUUUCCUUAAAAAUCCAUUCCCUGACUUUGUAGUGCUCUUGUUGCAUCUCAUGAUGCUUUGGCUUGGAGAGGUAGUAUCUUUAAAAUAAGAUGUGCUUUGUUGCCAUGAGAACAGAACUUCGGAGUAGUAUGUGAAGGUCUGACCCCUUGAGACAAUGCAUUCCUGCAAAGAGAGGGUUUGUGGGAAAUCAAAUUUGAGUCAUGAUCAAGGAGCAAAUCUCUGAGGGUUCCUUCUCUGUCUACGUUUCCUAAUUCUAUUGCACAUCUGGUAAAAUUAGUGAAACAUUUAGGAUGUGUCAGGCCUUCACAACAUAAUGGAGAGAAGCACACACAUCCCUUUGUAUGCAUGUAUCCUUUGGGCUGUGCUAUUCCUGUUCUCAGAGAUUAGCUCUUGAUGCAUUCUGGAGAGUGGGACAGAUGCAAACCUUUGAUCUCCAGUGCUUCUUCCUCCUAGCAUAAUAGAGAAUUUACUGUUGUCUUAGCAAGAACUGCAUUCUCCUAAAACGCCAGCAAAUAGACCUGAUGGCUUUGUAUGUGUAUGACAUAUUUUCCAUUUCCACUGGCCUUUUCUUAACCUACAGUGCCUUAGCAUAGGGAGCAGCUUCCCCACUCACUCAAACGGCAGCUCAGGGCAUACAUCUAUGGAUGACCUGUGACCUCCUUACUUAACAAGCAGACAGUUUUCGGAUACUUUAUUUCCUCUGUAACAAGUGUCCUUAAUGAAGCACUGGGGUAAUCAUGCCUGGGUCUGUCAUGUUUAAGGGGUCCAUCCAUACAAAGCAUGGCAAUAUUAUUGCUUGUGCAGCACAAUUCUAUGCAAGUUUACUCAGAAGCAAAUCCCACUGUGUUCAGUAGGGCUUCUUUCCUAAUAAGUCUGCUUAGGAUGACAACACUGGUAUUCUGUUUUCUGAGCCACCCUUUUUCAUAAGUUUUAUCCAAGGGUAUCUGAAUCCAUUUUGCUCUAACCAUUGUAGCUCCUGAGAAUUAUUUUCUUCCUCUGCUUCUAUGGCUGCACAGGUUGCUUCCACACAGAAUGCUGGACAAUUCCUAGCUCCUUAAUAUGUGGAUGAGUUAGGAAUUUGGGGAGAGGGAAUCUGUCUAAUGGGGGAAAUUGCUGUCCACAUAAUCUGCCACCUUCUCUCCAGGCUGGUGGACGGUAUUAAGUAUAAAAUCUACCUCAGAGGUCACCCUUUUCUCAGCUACAUUUCCUCUUCUUGUUGAAGCAUAACUAGCAGUGACAAGAGUAUUCUGGGAGAGGGAAUGGGUCCUUCAUUCAAGAAUAACUUUUAGGUUCUAUGUACUGCCAUCCUGUUUAUUUGUUUUCAGGAAAUAGUAUCUCCUGUCCUCCUUUGUACAGUUGAGGUUGCCUCAUUCGGCAGGGUUAGUUGUGAGACUUGCUCUAAGCCCCAGUGCAGCUGGAUCACCUCACAAGUAUUUUCUCCAUAGAGGCCCUCUGGAUUGUAGAUCAUGACUUAAUACUAGGAAGGGGCUUGAGGGUUCUAUUCGCGUUGGCCAUCCAUGACGAUAAGUAUUCAGCAAGCUGCUGGGAUAGGCUAGGGAAUAGCAGCUGGCUCAGCAAUCUACACUAAGUGACUGAGUGGCUCUUCACUCUACCAGUGCAAGGAAUUUGGGCCACCUAAUGCCUGAUUUGUUAUCAUGUCAAGUCUUUUUUCAACAUUGGAAUCUUUUAUAGUAACUGGUGCAGGUUUCAAUUUCAGCUUUCAUUUUUGUGCACACUUUCCUUAUCUCAUGGUGCCCCUAAACUGAGUCUGCAUAAUUUAUAAUCCACCUCGCCAAAUGUGGUGCAUUAGUAUGUUUUGCAUCUGAUGUGCCUAGGACAGUAAAAUGGAGGGAUUGCCAAGGCACUGGCAAGUCACAAUGCACAGCUCGGGCAGUGCGUUGAGCUUGCUGGGCCACAAGUUGUACAGCUCUUAGGAUUGUUGCAUAGUAUGAGGAGGGGAAACAAUACUCCCUAAGCUGUGGACAGUAUUUGAACUGCUGUAGUAUCACAUUCAUCUUUUCCCUUGUUCUUUUCCUGUUGGCACUACUUGAGAGCGUACCUGGAGCUGUUGAUUUCCCUUUCCUCCAAAACCUUGGAAUGUCCAGUUUAGGGAUAUUCUGAGCCAAAGCCAAACUUACCACAUUGUGCCUGUCACUCCUUGUUGAGUCCUAAAGAUACCUCAUCUAUAUACUUUUUGUAUAGGAGUGAAGGACUAUGCUGGGUAGACAAUGGUGCUAUAAGGAGGUGAGGUGAGGUGGGUUGACCCAGCAUGAUACAGCUGUGAAACCAGGUCUCUGUUGGUUGAGCCUAAUGGAAGCUAGCCCCACCUUCAUUCUGCCCACCUCCUUCCCAUAAACAGCCUGUUACAAAGAGAGAGACCACUGUUCUAAGCUGGGACCUCUCCUUACUUGCUGUUAUAGAUCCUGAGCUGCUGCUACUCAACCCACCUAGAUCAAAUGGCGCUUCCCUAAUUCUGUAGCAACUGGUGUCACCUGUCUCCCAAGGCACCUCAGCAGAUCAGUUUUAAAAACUGUAGAAAGCAGUCUUCAGCCUGCUCACCUUGCUUCCUCCUGCACAAAGUUGUCAAGCCAGUAUAGCAUGUUACAGAUCAUACAAGUGCCUUACAUUGCCACGUAGCCUUUCAUACCUUUUUUAUCUAUUGUAUGUGUCUGUCUUUAUGUAUUGGUGUAUUUCACAUCUAUACACUAGUUUAGCUAUUCAUAAGAGGGACAGCUUUUGUUGAACACAUUGCUUCAAUUUUCUAUGCCUUUUUUUGACUAUAGGUAGGUGCCUUCUCAUUGAAACAAUUCUAAAUAAAUGUCUGUGUUGUAAUACAGCACAAGCCACAGUACCACAAACAGGUAGUCUUAGUUCCAUAGUAGACCAGAUUCAGUUAUCUACUUUCAAUUCUAGGUAACUUGCUUUCAUUCUAAAACUUCAUGCAAAGAAGGCUGCAAGCAGUCUCAUUCUGGUUUUGUUCUUGUGGUCCUUUUGUGGUGCUGUAUAGUUAUGUGAUACUUCUUUCGGUUGUUUUUUAACACAAUGCACUCAUUGAUGCUGGAUUUUGAAGCAGAAGGGGUGUGUGUGAGAGAGACAGACAAGCGGUUUCCUUAACUCUUUCCUCUCAAGCUACUUUUCCACUGAAAAACACCCCUCCCAUACCCACUGCUUCCAUCCUCAAAAGGAGAGAAAGAAAUGGGUACCACUCACAUUGAAAAUGGGGAAAAAAGCUUGGGAGGGAGGGUUAUGGAGGCCCUUUGCAUCUGCAUCUCCCCUGCACAGGUGGUGUGCUUCAAAUUGCAGCCUCAGCAGCUGCAGUGGAUAUCUCUUUUUUAAGAGCUCCCAAAAAGUAUAAUAAAGCUACAUGUAACCUGCAUUUCCACAGAGGAGUGCCUUCUGUGUGAGUGUGUGCAUGUGUAACAGUCAUAGUCUCUUUCCAAAGAAAUGGAAGAAGAGGCUAUUCAUAGAUAUUACCACAUGGACCUCUUAGCUCCUGAUUCAGUGUUAACACCUUCAUUGUCCCACAAUUUGCUUCCCAGGUUCCAAAAAAAGGUUCCCAGGUUGGGCAGCAAAAAAGGUCACCUGGAUUUGCGGUCUCAUGCGGGGAGGAGGAAAUAGAGGCAAUGGUUUAAUGUGGUCAAGUUUUUUGGCAGGGCAGGGAGGUUUACUUUUAGGAGCACUGAGGUUCCUCUUCUUCCUCAUCAUACCUUCUGGAUUGAGAGAUGUAACCUCAUAGUGCUUUUACUGCCUGUCUUGUCCUAGAUAGAUUGGAAGUUACGUAGCAUGAUUUUGCAGGUCUAACCACAAACUUUCUAAAGCUCAGUGUAUAGAUCUUUUACAGCAGGGCAUUAACAUUUGUAUUCUUGAAAAUACAUUGUUUUAUUUGUUUCAGUACCCAUCUGGUAAAACAGUUAGGAAAGCAGAAUCCCCUUUUAAAUGUUCUGCCCACCCAAGCCCUGUGUGUUUAAUGGCUGCUUUUGGAACAGAAACUAAAUGCUAUAUAAAACUAAUAAUGGAGGCUGCAGAUAGUUUGUUGGUUAGGCUGGAUGGAAUUAAGAUUCCACUAUUACAGAUGAAAAGCAGCUACCUCUAGUCCUGAUUUUGUGUCUUCCAGAAGAACAGCCUUUAUUAUCCUUUAUUGUUGCACAACUACAUUGGAAUUUGUUACUAAGGGCUUUGUUUUUUGUUGGUUUUCAUUCAGAAGCUAUGUAUUCUUAUCACUAUUCAGCCAAGGAGUAUUUUGCAUUGGGCAGUGUACAACAGAAGAUAUGUACAUGUCAGGGGGAUGUCCCCUUAUUAAUAUUAAUAUGGACCAAAUUUAAGUCAGGAAGCUGAGAUAAAAAUGCCUGUUCUUGCAUAUUUUAAACUUAAUCUUGAAAGGUCUGGGGAGGUGGGGAGGAGAAGGCAACAUUUUUCAGGAUUUCCUUCUCAAUUAUUAUUUUCCCCUUGUGCCAUUGAAAAAUACAAAUUGUGUAUGAAUUUUUAUUGUUAAACAGCUUUUCAAAAAGCUAUCUCUGAAACAAUAUUUUCUGAAAUAAAAAGGUAUAGAAA